GGAAGAGGAGGCAGCGCCUGGGGUCACGUGACUGAGUGGAGAAGGUGGUGAUGCUGGCUUCAGAGUCAUGUGACUGGUGAGGGAGAAGCAGCAGCUGUGAACUGGUAAACCAGGGUGAGGGCAGCGCUAUUCAUGUACUAUCUGUCAGCAUAAGGAAAUGUUAGUGUUAUUGGUGGUGGUGGUGGUGGUGUGAUAUGUGUGGGGACCUGAGGGAUACAAGUUGAAGGAUGAUCAGUAAGAGGGGAGGGGGUGAUGAUACCUGUGGAUGAAAGCUUGUAAUCUGAUACUCGAGUUUUAAGGGAAUCAUCCCAUCUAUCUGGGUUGAUCUAAUAAUAAAAUAUAACAGUGUCCUGUGUUUUAGCUUUUCUAAACUGCCUGCUACCUAAACUUUUUUUUUUUGUCUAACAAAUAAACAUCUUUGUCAGUCAUUUAUUGCCUCAUGCUUUCUUCUUUUUGUUAUAACUUUAUAACUUUCACUGGGCUUCUUUCAAAGCCUUCAGUCAGUAAUAAAUCCAUUAAUGCUGGUUUAAAGCGAAUUACGUCUUGUUUAUAUGGUUCACUUCUGUAGAGAAUUUCUAUACAAAUCUCGCGCAUAUAUAUAUUAAUUAACUCUGAGGAUAAAACUUUCCGCAGCUGCUAAUUUCCAGUAGCUAAAAAUGUACGGUAGUUUUGUAGUUUGCGAAUUGCUGUUACUCUCUACUAUUAACAACAGCCUUUUAAUUGAAUAACAGCUUGUCAGUAAAAAUGACCAAAAAUCUUCAAAUCAAGCCCACAUUUGGAUAAAUUAAUUUUACACUUUAUACAUUAUUUAUAUAAUCGGUAAGUUCUUAUGUUACAUUAAAAGGUCAGUCUAGUCGCCAUAACCACUACAUGCUGUCAUGGAGUCCCUGUGGUACUGCGCCUGUAUACAUAACAAAAAUGAAUAGUCAAAGGGCUAUUUUGAAAGAAAGAAAGAAAGAAGAAAACACCAACUAAAUGUUUUUAUUUCUUGCCUUUAUUUUAGUUACAUAGCCCAUUGACAUCUACAGAAUCAUGGAUAUCUUAAUGAAACACUAUAAAUGUGCAUUCAUCUUGUGCUGCUUGCUGAAGUCAUUCAAACAUUGUGGUAAGUAGAAACUUAAAUGGAAGCUUAGAUGGAUCUUCUACAUUUACCUUUUACUAAAUAAAGCAAUUAUUAGAAAUACAUGUAAAAAGGUGAAACCAGUGGUCUAUAUUUUAUUGGUAUUCUUUGAUUUGAGCCAACUGCAGUCACUUGUUGACAAAGUGGGUAGAAACUAAGAAACGGCUAACAUCUCUCUCACAAUCCUUGGUCUCACACAGUAGAUUCAAUAAUAAAUUAGUUAGCAUAGUGCUGUUGAUAUCUACUGCAGAUGGUCUAUAUAGUUACAGUAGAUAUGUCAAUAAAUGUUGCAAUACUGGCAGCAUGAAUGUGUCUUAAUGUUUCUAAGAUGCUAAAACACAACCACACCAGGUCUCUGCAAUCAUACAUCAGUCAGUUCUCUCAGGAUUCCAAAUAUCCACCUGUCCUCUCAUCUAUUGUAAGCAGAAAAUGAGUUUCAGCAAUGGAGUCUUAUCUUACCGUCAGCCAGCAGGAUUUUCAUCUAUGGUUCUAUCUGAAUGCUAAGCAGAUUGCACUGUGCUGCUGGCAUUGUAGACUGGCAUCAGAAUGACUCUGUACUACAGUCUCAUCAUACAUAACUGAGCAAAAUGUGUAUACUAAGUUUGGUCAGAAGGCAGAGUGAACCGCAGCACUCAUUGCAAAAACUGAUCUGAAAACAGGCAAGCGGAGCAAGCUGUGCUCAGUUUGUUUGACAGUGAUGUGAGUCCAUGUGUUGCCUGUUUGCUGCCCUGAUGCCACACACAAAGCCCAUGUGCAGUUUUAUGAAUUCUGUGCAGCCUCCCAUACUAAACCAGAACCUGCGGUCUAUCGCCUGCUCUUCCUUCUUCCGUGGAAAUCUCGCGGAGCAGCGUAGUAUCUUGCUGUGGGAAGGGAGCGUUACCAGGCAGUUCAGCUAACAGAUUGUUUAGCACAAGCAGGGAGAGGGGAAAGUACCUCCAGCCAAAAUGCAGUACAGAUGUAUAGAACUUAGUCUGGUAGAAAAGACAGCUAAAACUUGUGGGUGGGUUUGUGAGAUAUUAGGUGCUUCUCUAUGUCUAACUGAUUUUUCAGUUUGGGAAUGUAUUUGUGUAUUUGUCUGUGUUGUGAAAGUUCUCUAUAGAUCCGAAUCUCUCAUAAAUACAUAUGUUUAUACAGACAUACAAAUCUGCGCACAUAUAUGUAAAGGCACACUAGCUUGCGUGCUUUUAUUUACAUACCUGUCACAGGUGCCUCAUCCCAGGGCCCUAUUUAGCCUUGUACUGCAGAGAGCCCCAGAUGGAAUUUCUUUCCCCAAGUAGGUUAAUCUCAUAAGAGCAGACAUUAGGCUGUUAGUGUAGGACCUGCCAAAGAUGGGGUACAUUGACGUUGUGGCAGGCUUAUGCAAUGUAUGAUCAUAUAAUGUAACUAAACCCCCAUUAUUUUUGCCUAGAUUAGGUGUUUUUAAAAAAACAAAUAAAAUCUUUCAACAUUGAAGUUGCUGUUUAGUGGAUAGGUGAGUGCGCUGGAUCUUGUGUAUUUUAUUUACAUACAGACAUCCCCAACUCUACAUAUGUAUAAAAGCAGACACCUCCAUAUGUAUAUAUUUGUAGAGAUAAAACAAUACGCACCUAUUAAUUUUGCAUAAUGAUCUAUAGCCCCACACACAUUUACAUAGACAUACAACUUUAAACCUUGAAUUCACACACGCAUUAUUCAUCAAUGUGCAUUCACUCAUUCACUGACAAUCCCCACACUCAUACACCCUUGCAUACACACACUGUCCCAUAACAAACACUGUCCCUCCACGUAUACUGCCUUGCUUUACACACGACCCUUCACACUGCAUUUGCUUAGUAGACUUGCAAUACUAACUGUCCACAAAAUAUAUUUAUGUAUUCACACACCAAAUUAGCCCAGCACACAGACACACAUCUGCCUUAAUACACUCACUGCCACUCUGAGCUGUGAAAAACAUAAGGGUAAAAAAGAAAAUAUUUAUUACAAGCACUUUUCAUAGCAAGCAACUAACUUUCCAGGCUCGCUAGUAGGUGGGAACUUGAAAUUUUGAGUCAUGACAUAUUAUAUAUCUUCUAAUCUAACCAGUUGACAUGUCUACAUGCUUUAUGUUGAGUUGCCGCUACAUGAUUUGCUUUUUGACAAUCUUAUGCGCCUUAUAAAGUGGUCACUGAUUGAUGUAAACUCAUAAAUAAACAAACUCUGGGUUUGCAAGAGAACAGUGAAGUUAAUGUCCAUUACAAUUAUGUCCAUUAAAUAAUUACAAUCACAAUUAUGCCCACUGAUAGGUAGGUACAAAUAAUUUUAAAAUUCCCAUUUAGUGAAUAACCCAAUUUAUAAUUACUUUGUAACACUUUGUUUUUGUAAGUAAAGCAUAAAUUACAGGCACAGUCUUAUAUUCUUUUUUUGCUUUUAUCAGAUGGCAGCUCUGAACUUUCUGUUCUGUGGUUUGAUGCUGCCUCUGUGAUUUCUUUACCAGAGGUGGUUACAUUACAAAAUGGAACCUCAACCAACAUAAGUAUUGAAUCAAAGUAAGUGGUUCUCUUAUCAUUUACCAGUUUAAGCAAAUAUAUUUGAAAGGAGAAAUCUGUUUGCUGUUAAUCCCUCUUUAUUUCAUUAGAAGCUUCUAACGAGAUGGAGACUAAUUAACCAUAGUAGUUGUGCUUUAAGCUCCUAUUAUAUCACAGAACACUUAGCUCCCUUGUGCCAUUAGGUGGUAGAGAACAAAUUUAAAGGAUGAUGGUGGGACAGUAAGUUUAUAAAACUAUAAAAAAGCCAAACUGCUGCUCUGAACAAAACUGUGUAUAAAGCGAACACAUCUGGUGUAUGUAUUGCUGCAAUCAUUUUAUAGAGCAGUUCCACUUAUCAUCAUUCAGGGACGAUGAUCAAUCCCCAUAAAUAAGAAUGAGAUGCUUCUGAUUGGUAGAGCUACUUCCUGAUGAGGGAGAAGUUUGUCUGAAGUGGCAGUCAGCUUCUUUAAGCUGUGCAUCUUCAGGGUCUUGGAAGGUAAAUGGUUAUCUACAUAAUGCAAAAAAAAAGUACAGGGUCAUGUUUUACCAUUGUUUUUUUGUAAACAUAUAGCACUUCGAAAAACAUAAUUUUUGUGCCAGUCGUGGCAAUUUGCUACAUUUUGGCCUGAGAAAGUGACUUGCCUUAAUUGACGGUGUAUUUUAAUAACUUAGACAAAAAAAACACGUUAUUAAACCACAGUGGCCCGUAGGUCACUGAGGUUUAGGAUCUAUGAAAGGUGGAGAUUAAUAUAUUGGAUGUAACCGUAACAAAACAAGAUUAAAAGAGGUGUAUAUUAGACCUGGACCAAUCAGAUAUGUGCUUGUGAUAAUACAUACAGAUACAAAUGGUAGGUAUCUUGAAUUGGGAAAGUUAUCACCCUACCCCCCUGAAAAAGAGGUAUCCCAAUUGGGCAGUAUUUGCACUUGAAAUGCAACUGCUUGUCUGAGGAUGAUUUUAAGGUGAAGGAACAAUCUCUUUGUUUGGCCUUUAGACAGAAGGGGUAUCCCAACCUUCCUUAUGUGUAAAGCAUAUUUGAGAGCUCUGGAGAAAAAGCAGGAAACCCUUCUCUCUACUAGUUGUAGCCAAAAGAGGGAAUCUAAAUUAAUUAGAUUUGUUGCCACGUUUGAUCUGCUGGUCCCAAGUUUCCUGUCCACCUUACAGAGUCGGUCCCAAAUCUGGUUGCAGCCCCCUCUGGGCGCUUAUCAGUGUGGACAUUGUACUGCUUGUAGGUACAUUAAACAACCGUCUAAAACCUUUAAAGAUAGUGACAACUCAGUUGAGUACUGGGUACGCGCUUUCUUUAAUUGCUAAAUGAAAGGAGUCAUCUAUGUACUUAUGUGCUCAUGUGGAUUGCUAUAUGUGGUACUUAUGUGCCCAUGUGGAUUGCUAUAUGCGGGGGAAACUUUUCACCACUUUAGAAUCCGCAUUAGAAAACAUGUUUAUUCGGUAUGUGGCAGAUUAGAGACCCCCAUACCUUAAGGAAAAGCAUGGUGGAUUGGUCACUGGCCUACGAAUUAUGGGAAUUAAACAUAUCCUAGAACACCAUCAUAAAGGUAAUUGGGACCUACGCUGAGACACAGAGAGGCAUUUUGGAUCUAUCGCCUGAACACCUUACAUCCUGGUGGUCUGAACAAAGGUUUUUUUCAUUUACGUCUUUAUUUAAGUUAUUGCAUGUAUUUUCUUAUAUUACAUACUAUGUGAGCGAUGUACGUGAACACAUAUUAGAAUUUAUUGUGCUUUUUAAAUUAUUUUUUACAUUUUUUUUUUUACUUUCCAUUCUGUGUAACAGGCUGUUUCCUGCUGAGUUUUUAGAUAGGUAAAUUAGCACCCAUGUUUUUACCUUAGCCCUGACACUCUGUCCCAGGAAGGGGACUCCUCUCCUUAUAAUAUAUACAUCUCCCAUUGAAUAUAUAUAUAUAAAACCCAAUUGUGUGAAUAUAGGAACAGUUGCUUUGUUUAUCCUACGUAUAGAGGGUUUAGGCAAUAUGCCCCUUCAUGUCAUAAUAGGAGGUGUUGCACCUGACGAAGGCGUGGUGCAACACGCCUAAACACGCAUCGCGCUUGUCUUUUGUGUAUUUUAUUUUCUUUUUGUCACUUUGGGUAGCACUUAUCUUAUUUAGUAUGUAGUAGUAUGUUUUAGAUUCUCCAGCUUUAGUGUGGUACUUAAUGUCCAAAGUUGUUUUGUUUGUUUUUUUAGGGGUGGGGCAAACUGUAGAUCAAUGUGGUAAAUAGGUCAUAAUGUAGUUUAUUUUAUUUUCACUCUCAGGGUGCCAUCAAAUGAAACGGCGGUAUUUGCUCUUAAUAUUACCUAUUCCUCAAAGAACACAACCAUUAUCCAUCUUCCAGACCAAGUAAGACACUAUCUGCAUUUUACAAAAGUCAGUGGAUUGUUUACGAUUAGUUUUUCUUUCCUUAUCUUGCUCUUUCUGUCAUAGUGCUUUUUUUUAUUUUUUUAUUUAUUGUAAAUCUCCAGUACUAACCAAGGGAAUUUUAUACGCUGAUCAGCCACAACAUUAAAACCACUGACCGGUUACGCAAAUAGCAUGGAUUAUAUUGCUACAAUAGCGCCUGUCAGUGCGUGGGAUAUAUUGGACAGCAAGUGAACAAUCUAUUCUUGAAUUUCAUGUAUUGGGCGCAGGAAAAAUGGGCAAGCGAAAAGAUCUGAGUGCCAAUAAGUGAUGGAUAGAUAACUGGGUCAGAGCAUUUCCAAUACAGCAAGUGUUGUGGGCUGUUCCUGGUAUGCAGUGGUUAGUACCCCCCAAAGGUGGUGCAAGGAAAGACAAGCGGUGAACCAGCAUCAGUCAAUGCUUAAUGAUGGAUGUGGUGAGUUAAGGCUAGCCCGUCUGGUCUGAUCACACAGAAGAGCUGAAAUUUCUCUAAAACAUAAUGCUCCGAUCACACAGAGCUGCGGUAGCUGAAAUUGCUAUAAAACUUAAUGCUGGCCAUAAUAGAAAGGUGUCAGAACACACACUGCAUCGCAGUUUGCUUUUUAUGGAGCUGCGUAGCUGCAGUGCAGUCAGAGUGCCAAUGACUCAUGCCCACAGCUGAAAGCACCUUCAAUGGGGCAUGAGUGUCAGUACAGGGCCAUGGAGCUAUGGAAGAAGGUUGCCUGGUCACAUUUUCUUUAAGCUCAGGUAGAAGGCCAGGUGCAUUCUUUACCUGAAGAACAGAUGACAGCAGCAUGCACUAUGGCAGCCAAACUAAAUUCGGUGCUAUUGUUGUCAAGAAAAUGUAAUUUAUUCUUUUGGUUAAGUUAAUUUCUGUUUGUGAAAUGUAAAUUGUAUCCCCCUUGGGAAGCCACAGAAACUUCACUUACCGAGCUCGCACAGAAGUAUUUACUCAACAAACAUAGACUGAAAGUUAAUAUGAGACCUUCCGUCAAUUUAGGAAUAGUUCUAUGAAAUUUCUCUUAUGUAAUUUCUCACAUUUGAUUUUAUUCUCUAAAUUCCGAAUUUUGGCUUAUUGAAAUACGGAUGGCGAAAUGCAGGCUAGAACAGCCAAGCUGUGACUGUAACUGGGUUGGAGAAUUUUACCAGAUCAGCUAAUUUAGCUUUGAUGUUGCCAUUCAGAUUUCAAUUUUGCUAUAAUUCAAUGUUUAGUGAAUAAAUGUCAUUUUGUUUCACAUGUCUCCUAUUAGGGGGUGGAAUGAUAGCUGUGAAAAAGCUAACCAAGUGUGAAGAAUUUGGACACAAAUAGUUUAGUUUUUUUCUUACUUUGAAAAUGUUGUAUAGUAAAACCAUUGUACUACGUUACCAAUCCAUGUUUUCGGUUUGACCCCGUGUGGCUGGUUAGAAACAAAUUUCAAAGCUCACAAGGAUUGUAUUGCUCAGAAUGCGUUUGUGUAACGCAGUAGUCUUAUAGGCGUAUAAUAAUCUCUUUAGCCAUCAAACUCACUCUGCGUACGGAUGGGAGUGUUUCAUAUUGUGACACCUAGCAAUCUGCGUUCUGUGUCUUGUGCUUUAAAAAUAAGGAAGUUAUUAUUUAAAAGUAGAUCUAUGAAGUUAUAAUUCAAACAAAUCCUAGUCAUAAACAUUUUAAACUUACAGAUUUUUAUUGCUAUUCAUGUAACUCUACCAAGUGUGUUCCAGCUCAGUAAGGGGACACUACAAACUGAGAUGAUUCAACUUUUUAAGAAUAAUCUUAUGAAGAAAACAUAUAGAGUGCAAAAUUAUGUCUAGCAAUUCAGUUACAUGCGCAUCUAGAUCAGGACGUGGCUGAUAAUCUAAGCCACUUCUGGCUCAUCCAUUGCUCUCUUAACAGGCCUCUGAGCAUCCACAGCACUAGCUGUCUUAGAAAACUAUGAGAAGACCUGUAAAAGAUAGUGGGGAUUUGUAUGGCAUUCUCUCCAUACUUGUGCAAGCAUGGAAUUAUAGCUGCAGAGAUAUUCAUUUUUCUAAAUCUUUACUAUAAGAAGUCUGUUGUGGGAGCUUCAUAGCAAAGAGCACACUGUCCUAGAAAGGAAUGCUUUUAAGAAAGGGCUUAGACUGCUUUUAGCUAAUUUUAACUUUCUUUGGUCUCAUGUUCCCUUCCAGCGAUUUUGUUAAAAUAUAUUAAUUUAGAAUGUCAUAUUUUGAGCUUAUAAUAUAUGGGAGCAUUUUCUUGUCUUUGUAGAUUGUUCUGCCCGCAAAGGCAAAUCAUUCAUUCUUUACAGUCGAAGCUGUUGAUGUGGGACAAGUUACUGCAUACUUGCAAGGCAACAAUUCACAUAAAACUGGGUGAGUUAUCUUCUAAACUUAGAACAGUUGCCAACAUCCUAUAUUGUGUACCAGUGCAUGUGAAACAUCCUUAUCAAUGUAUUCCUUUUAUUUUACUUCUGCUUUGAUAGCUCUGUUGCACAAAAUAUCCCCGGAGAUAUCAGCUAGAGGGGAACAUGUAACCAGAAAAUCAUAUGGGUAUAUAAUUGUAUUAUUAGCAUUAGUAUCAUUAUUAUUAUUAUUCUCUUCAUUUAUAUAGAGCCAACAUAUACUGCAGGACUAAUGCAAAAUCUUAUUAUUUAACUUAACUUAAAUUAAAAGAAUACUUACUGAGUAGUUUAAUCAGAAAGCAAAACUUAAGGGUUUAUGCAUUAACCAAUGAAUUAAAAAAACAAAUUGCAAAAUGUAGACCAAAAUAGUUUGGAGGGUUGGAAAUAAAUGUCUAAUUCAGUCUGUUUUACAACUUGGCUAUUUUAUUGUAUUAGAUUUUUGCAGUUUAGUUUUCAGAUAACCUCAUUCACUGUUUAGUGAAUUCUCAAAGGAUUGCAAUAAUCUGAUAAACCGUACAGUACGUCAUCGCCAGGGGAUUAGUAAUCUUGGAUAUUUAGGAAGACAGUACGGUUUUCUAAAUGUCUUUACUGUAUUGGACAGUCUUACAUACUUAUAUAGUCGCAGGUGAAGGGGUUAUCAUGAAACUGAUGCCAGUGAACAAUGUCCUUAUAUUGCUAAUGCUAGAACUUAUUCAUCAUUUUGUGUAGACCACGAAUUCGCUUUCAAGUGAUUCACAGCCGCUUUGUGGACAUUUUAGGGCAGGUCAUUGGUUGGAUCUACUUUCUGGCCUGGUCUGUGAGCUUCUAUCCUCAGGUGUUUGAAAACUUUCGGAGAAAGAGGUAACGGAUUUGUCCUUUAUCUACAUAUCCUUGAAUGUAUCAUUUGUUGCUAAAUUCUAAAGCUAUAAUUACAUUAAUUGCCAUUAUUAGAUUUGCACUGUUUUUUUAAAUUAUUAUUCUUUAUUCAUAAAACGCCAACACAUUCCGCAGCGCUGUUCCAACAAGUAAAAAGACAAAAGUACAAUAAUUCUGAGACAAUACAAAAUUUGACAAACAAAUACACAAGGGGUUGAUGGUUCUCUUCUUGUGGAAACAUACAUUUUUUUAGAUGGAUAGGUUAUGUGAGGAACAGGAGGUAAGGUGAGAAUGAUUUUAAUACAGAUAGAGAGAGAGAAUGGCAUUUAUUAGUUACUGAGUUAUGUGGUAGGCUUACCUGAACAAAAAUUGUCUUUAGGGACUAUUUAAGUGAAGGCAGACUUGGAGAAAGUCUGAUAGUGCAGAGGCCGUGCAUUCAAAAGGAUUAGUACAACAUGAGAGAAGUCCUGCAGUCUAGUAUGGGAAGAGGUGAUGAUAUAAGAUGCAAGGAGCAGGUCAUCGUUAGAUCUGAGACUAGGCUGGAGUAUAUUUGUUGAUUAUUGAAGACAGGUAGUGAGGAGCAGCAUUUGGAUGGGUUCUGUAGGUCUGGGUGAGAAUUUUUUUAUUUAAUUUGACCAAAAUUAAAAAGAUGUGUGUAUUUUUUUGUAAUUUAUAUUGUUUUAAUUUUUCUAAGAUGCAUACAUGUAAUGUACAGUAAAGUCAGUAAUCCAUACUGUAGUUUUAAACAUAAGGGAAUAUCAAAACCACAAAUAAUGACACCGUCAGCAGAAAUAAAACAACAACUAUACAUUUAAGAGCAUAAUCAUAUAGCAGAAAACCUUCUGAGGGAUCUAAAUCAAGGAGAUGGGCAGGGUGUGCUCCCUGUGAGAAAUCUGUACGCUUCAAAUAAUCAUAUUGUGUUGAUGGCAGGAAUAUGACUGUUUGCCUGUUUUUGAGUACAAUUAUAAAACAUAAAAUUAUUAACGCAAAGAAAUAGUCAGGAAAAGUAGGUUCUUAUACUCCUGCCUAGAUCUGGGAGACCUCUCCGGUAACUGAAGAGACUGGAGGUUAUGUCCUUGUCACUGCAGUCUCAGCAGGACAAAAGGACCAUAUGUUUUUAAUGUCCCAACUUGGUGCUGCUGCGUGAUUGGCCUAUUUAGAGAGACCAAGUUCUCCCUUUGGAUUUCCAGUGAUUGAGUAAAUUUUCGAGCCUGCAAGUUAGUAGUAAGGUGGAACAGUCGUCCUUGUCUGUUCAGACAGAUUGCAUCCAGAGGCCCAUCUGUAGGGGAUGACCUGUUUCUGCUGAGGUUUAGCCAUAGAGAUGGCAUGUUCGUAUGGUGGCAAGUCCUGUACUGAAGACAUAAAAUACUGCUUAUCCAUCUCCCUGUAAAAUCGGAUGAGCAGGAGCCCUAGGGGAGUUUGCUAUUGUGAAACAACAGUCAGUGUCUUUACCCCUGGCCUUAGUAAAAGACUGGAGUCAAGAAAAAUAUCUGAAAAUGGAGUAGCUCUUAUUUCAGAAUACUUUUGGCAAAACCUCUUCUCGUGUGAUGCGCAAUCAUGUAUUUUCUUGUUUUCAAUGUUUGUGCUUGUUUAAGCAUUCCACCUCAGCCCGCAGGUCACUUUGAAAUUUUGUUUUGUCACUGACAUCCUAAAUCACAGUCUUUUGAUAAAGUUGUAAUUCACCUUUGCUGGCCCAUGUUGGCUCAGCCUGCUGUAUAUAGGUAUUUUGCUGAAUGUACUAUUGACAUAUUUAAAUCUCCUCUCUUAUUAUUGCAGUGUCGUCGGACUAAGCUUUGACUUUUUGACACUAAAUCUCACUGGUUUUAUAGCAUACAGUGUUUUUAAUGUUGGGCUUUUCUGGAUACCGUAUAUUAAGGUAGGUUUCUGUUUCUUUAAUACACUUAUUCUUUAUUUAACGUCUUUUGAUUAGUGUAGUGAAAAUGAAUAAUGCACACUUUAUAUAUUAAUUGCAGGAAGAAUUCCUUCAGAUAUAUCCUAAUGGUGUGAUCCCAGUGGAUUCAAAUGAUGUGUUCUUCAGCCUCCAUGCAGUGCUGCUCACAAUCAUCACCAUCAUUCAGUGCUGUAUAUACGAGGUGAGUGACUUCAUGUAGAAUGGGUAUGUGGUACCAAAGAAUCAUGCUGUAUGUCACUCACUGUUCAUUUUUAUUAAAAUUUACAGCAAUAUAAAUGAGGGCUGGGGGCUUAUGAAAUAGCAGACAAGAGCUGGAGUUAAGGUGUAUUCAUUUAUUCAUUCAUGUGUUUGGAAUACUGCAAUAAGAAAAUCACAAAGGCUGUUUGCACAAUGCAGCCUUGCGCACAUGGCGUUCCCGUUUAAAGGAGUGCCGUCAGUUUCCUGGAAAAUGUAAAAAGUAAAGGGAGGUAACGGAUCCCCUUAACAUAAACGAGACCCUUAAAUCAAGCAGCAACCCGUUUGUUUUUCUCCUUACAUCAAGUUAUUAGUAAAUCAUUACACCAUAAUAAUAUUAGUGAUAAUAUUAAUAAGUAUAUUAACCGUAAAAGGGCAUUUUAUUCACUAAACUCCAAAGUGUAUCAGGUUAAAAUCCAAAUAGCAAAAUUAUAGGCAAGGUUUUGCUGUUUUGGCCUGUAUAUUGCUCUCCGAAUUUCAGUUUGCUGCGGUUGGGGGUUUCGUAAAAAUGGCUAGAGUAACCUCAAUGUGCGGAGGGCUUGUGUAUUAAUAAAAAGGAUAGAUUCAUUCACAUGAAGUAGUUCCUGCUGUUUAAUUCUUUAAACGCAGGGACUGAGAUCUGUUCUUUAUGUCUGUAGUUUUAUUUAUAACGUUUUUUUUCUGGAAAGCCACCCAACUGUUUGUGCAGUACAGAGAAUAAUUAUAAAACAUGUUGCUAACAGAAAAAUAAGGCAGAGUUCAAAAGUGGAAAAAUCACCCUGGAAACCAGUUGAACCAACAGAUACAACCCAUAGAUUUCCAUGGUGACCAGUCCACUUGUAGGAUUUUACUCCAAUUUUCCAGCUACUCAUCGCUUUGUAUUUUAUUUUUAUUUUUUGUAAAGCCUUACAAAUAACAUGUAAUUGUGCAGAAAUACACUACGUUUGGCAGCCUAUUCACUUGUUAGUGCUUGUUGUCUUGAUGAGCAGUUUUCGAUUUUUUUUCUUAAAUAAUAAAGCUGUCUCCUCUUUUCUACACUAAACCAGUUAUUAACCCCUUAAGGACACAUGACAUGUGUGACAUGUCAUGAUUCCCUUUUAUUCCAGAAGUUUGGUCAUUAAGGGGUUAAAGGGACACUAUAGUCACCAUAACAACUACAGCUUAUUGAAUUUGUUCUGAUGAGUAGAAUCAUUACCUUCAGGCUUUUGCUGUAAACACUGUCUUUUUUAGAGUAAAUGCAGUGUUUACAUUAAAGCCUAGUGAUAACUUCACUGGCCACUCGUCAGAUGGCUGUUAGAGAUCCUUCCUGGGUCAUGGCUUCCUAAAAUGCAUCCAAACAUUCAUUAUCUCCUCCCUCUGCAUGCAGACACUGAACUUUCCUCAUAGAGAUUCAUUGAUUCAAUUCAUUUCAAUGAGGAGAUGCUGAUUGUUCAGGGCCGUGUUUGAAUUGUGCUGGCUCUGCCCCUGAUCUGCCUCCUUGUCCGUCUCAGCCAAUCCCAUGGGGAAGCAUUGUGAUUUAAUCAGGCUACCACUUCUGAUGAUGUCAGCAGACUGCUUGUUUUUCUGAGUCUAACAGCAUGCAAAGCUACAACUUCAGACUUGAAUACAGUAAAAUGUUUGCUAUAUUUAUGGAGGCAUGAGGGGCCCAGGGGGGCUAGAUACUGGUGUUAACACUAUAGGGUCAGGAAUACAUGACCCUAUAGUGAUCCUUUAAUAAAGAGACAGUUCUGCUUUCGCAGAAAAACUCUGUCCUUUUCAGUUUUGUUCUAGAACAAUUUGUGAAUGAUAACAUUAAACUGUAAUAGCAGAGCCCACAGGCGACAGCCCGACGUACCCUCCAACAGAGACGACCAUGGGGCGCAAAAAUAGAAAAUAUCAGCCACCAGCGACCCCGAGAAUGCCGGACAUAAGGCUCUCAUUUGAGAGGCCCACAGCCGCGACCGCGGCUCCCGCCAAAAUGGCGCCCGCGGCCCAGGCUGAAGAGGAGGCCUCAGAAGCAUCCCAGGAGGAGGAAGACAUUGCCACCUCACCUGAACCGGGAGAAGACUACCCAGAAACGGACUCUGAUGAGGACGCCUCCCCAGUAACAAAAGGUGACAUUAAAAACCUCCUGCAAAACAUAAGACAAGUCUGGAAAUCGGACCUGAAAGAGGCCCAGGCAGAUAUAGGAGACCUCCGCAAGAGGAUCUCUGAAAUAGAGAAUAAAGAGCAGUCUCGGGAACACCAGAGGCAGGACACCCGUAACCAAGUAGAGGACCUGGUCACAAAAGUGAAGAAACUCACCCGGUCGGUGACCGCUCUGGAAUCCCGCCACAGACGCAAGAAUGUCCGCAUGCGGGGAAUACCGGAAACAGUGAGUGAAGAAGCCCUGCUACCCUUCACCCAGAGAUUGGUGGCCUCGAUGGGGUUAAAGAAUAAAACUACCGAGGGGAUGGUGGUUUCUGCGUUCAGAGUCCGGAAAGCAGCAGCGGCACCUCAAGAAGCAUCGAGAGACACCAUAGUCAUCACCAGAGACAUUGCGGUGAGAACCGCUAUCCUCAAUAAAUCCAGAGAGAUCAAGACGUUCCGACUCGAGGGCUGCUGUGUGACGAUCUAUGGGGAUCUCCCCUUCGAGGCGCUGGUGGCGAGGAGACAACUGGCACCAGUAGCCAAGAAACUGAGAGAGGCGGAGGUCCGGUACCGCUGGGGAGAAGAUGGAACGCUGAACAUCCAAAGGGGAAACGAGACACUUACCAUAUCUGCUGGGGAAGACCCCACGGCACUCUGGAAGACCUUGAACCUACCAAGCAAGGAUCCGAAGAACACUGGCGUCUGAUUAUGAGCACGCCAACAAAAGUCGACAGAGAGCCUGCGGGCAAAGUAGCCCUAUAACAAGGACUGAUCCUCUAUUUGCCUUACCCCAUGCCAGGCUACAUACCUCACAGACCACACAUGACGCAUAUAACCAGCGAGAGAGACGGCCCCACACUAAGACGGACUGAAAGGCAACCCAUGUCACUCAGUCCCCCAGACAAUGCCAGACACACUAAUAGACGCAACACCACAUAGCCCUGUCGCCCAUCACGGACAACACAGAUGCAAUGGCACCCACAGAGAAUGAACAACACAAGACCACACAAAAUAGACACGCAUGCACACUCACAGGAGAUGAGAACACACACCAGACUACAACAAGACCCAAUUGAGGGUCAUUUGAGUGACGUCUCAGUAAGAGCAACAGAACUCUAAAAUGCAUGAGUUAUAAAAGAGGCACAAGAAUAAUGCUCACCUCUAUGAUAUACUCUGUAUCAGUUGUAUCUUUUGAUAAAAAUACUCAAUAAAAUACAAAUUAAAAAACUGUAAUAGCAGGAUACAUUAAAUGACACAUUUAUUUUUUUUCUUCCCAGCGUGGAACUCAGAAAGUCUCCAGAGUGGCCAUUGUUGUCCUUGUAGUUGCCUGGCUCUCUGCGUUUUGCAUGCUGUUUGUGGCCCUGGGUGGGAAAAUCACUUGGCUUCAGUUUCUAUUCUGCUUCUCGUACAUUAAAUUGGCAAUCACGCUGAUGAAGUACUUCCCACAGGUAAGCUCGUUCCGCUUGUUCUUUGAAAUCGUGCAUAUCAUUGUUUUCUUUUGUUCUCACAAGAUUCUAAAAUGUAUUUUCAAUUACAAAUCUUUAAGAAAAAGGAAAGGAAUAAUACGCAUAAUGGAGUCAGUAAUGUAUAUGGAGUUAUUCACUAAACCAGGAAUUAAACAAAGGAAAUGCAAAAUAAAAUAAAAUCAUAGGGUUGAGAGGGAGAUGUCAGGAGUGAGUAGUGAUGGAACGAAGGAUGACUGAAUGAAUUGGAGAAUACGCUAGUGCCCCGUUUUUUUUUUUUAUCCAUUAUGAAAAUACAUUAUUAGUGUGCUAACAUUUAAUCCAGAUCCCAUGAUUGCAUCACUUAAAGGGACACUCUAAUUAUGAGAACAACUUUUGCUCAAUGACAUGGUGCUCAGUUCUCUGCCAUUUAAAUUACUUUGUUUAUACAGCCCUAGCUAUACCAAAGUCCCCAUCCCUCCUUGCUUGGAAACAUUCACACCCUGUUGCCCUGGUACUAGCAUAACGUUUUUCGGUGGGUGAAUGAUAGUAGAAAGAGCUGGGUGGUCAUCUUCUGGUUUAGCAUCUGAUAUCCUCCUUUAUUUUCAUAUUGUUCUUUCUCUACCUCAUAUUGUUAUAUUGGUUUACAAUCCUCUUGCACUAUGUUUUAUUAUAGAAACAGAAUAUCGAUUAUAUUUUAAUUAGUUUUUUUCAUUAAUUUUUAUUAAAGCUAAAUGUUGUGGUAAGAUUUGAAUUACAUGCAAAUUGAUUUAUUUCAGUGAAUCAUUUACAGAGUGUUGUAUGUAACUCUUACAAAACCAACAUAUGUAUAAGAAAAGUGAGAACAUUUUUGACCCUUUUGUUGUAUGGAGGACCAAACCACAUGUCUCUCUGCAAGUUCAGUUUUCACUCUUGACUGUAUACUGAUCAUUUUUCUAAUUUACUUUUACAACGCUAUAAGGGAAGAGCAUUUAUACUUGAAAUUCCCUUCUCAGAAUUGUCGUUGGUAAAAGUUCCAUCUGUAACACACAUCCUAAACUGCUCUCUUUCAUCUGGUGUUGUCCCUGCUACCCUUAAGCAUGCCACUGUUGUACUCAUCCUUAAAAAGCCAUCCCUAGACCCGUCUUUCCCUUUCAACUAUCGUCCCAUAUCCCUACUUCCUUUUUCCUCAAAACUUCUAGAAAACCUUGUCUUUAGUCGUAUGACUCACUUCCUAAAUUCCAACUCCCUCCUCGAUCCUCUUCAAUCUGGCUUUCCCCCCCCUCUCAACUCUACUGAGACUGCUCUUAUUAAAGUUACAAAUGACCUAAUCACAGCUAAUUCCAAAGGCCACUACUCCAUAUUAAUUCUUCUUGACCUCUCUGCUGCCUUUAACACUGUUGAUCAUGUCCUCCUUCUCCAAACUCUUCAAUCCUUUGGUCUCUGUGACACUGGCCUCUCAUUGUUCUCCUCCAAUCUCUCCCAACGUUCGUUCAGCGUCUCCUUUUGCAAUAACAACUCCUCCUCUUGCCCUGUCUCGGUUGGAGUCCCCCAAGGAUCUGUUCUUGGUCUCCUUUUGUACCCUCUUUAUACUGCCUCUCUUGGCAUACUAAUUAACUCCUUUGGAUUCCGCUACCAUCUGUAUGCCAACGACACCCAGAUAUAUCUCUCCUCCCCGAUCGCUCCCCCACGGUCCUGCAACGUGUCACUGCUUGCCUUUCUUCAAUUUCUGAUUGGAUGUUCUCACACUUCUGAAACUCAAUCUCUUAAACUGAGCUUCUUAUUUUUUCCCCCUCAUAAUUCUGACCCUCUUCCUUCGCAUUCCCUGCAAGUUGAUGGUGCUUGCAUCAGUUCUUCCCCCCAACCCCCAUGUCCCAUGGUGUUCUUUCCCCCUGUCCCCCAUCCCCCUAAAAAAAAAAAUUGGUGCAUCCCUAGCUGUCACCCUUGAUGCCCUGUUGUGUAUUUGUACACCACCUCCUCUAGACUGUAAGCUCGUUUGAGCAGGGUUCUCAUUUACCUAUUGUUCCUAUGUCACUGUGUAAUUGUCUCAUGUAUUGUAAAUUCCCCCCACCCCCCUUUCAUAAUAUUGUAAAGCGCUGCAGAAUCAGUUGGCGCUGUAUAAAUACCAAUAAUAAUAAUAUUAAUAGAGCCAUUUGCCGAGUGAUUGCUCUAUUUUUAGACCCAGAAUUACUUUUGAUAAAUAAUCUUCACUAUACCGGUAGGAACUAAAUAUUUAAAGUUAUCCCCAGAAAUAGAGUGACCUAGAUUGUAUAAAUGGCUCUGUAUCAAAUCACCAUGAUCUUGAUUUACUUUUAUCUCAGGCUUUUAUGAAUUUCCGUCGGAAAAGCACAGAAGGUUGGAGUAUCGGAAACGUUCUGCUUGAUUUCACCGGAGGAAGCUUCAGCAUUAUCCAGAUGUUCUUACAGUCCUAUAAUAACGGUGAGUUUGAGAAAAGGCAAAUCAAAAAGUUGUCCAAUUUUUUGCAGGCCCUUACACAUUCACAAUGUGAAUGUAACAAAUUCAAAUGAAUCUGACGGGAAAAAAAAGGAUUUUAAAAUCUUUGUCUACACUGUCACAUCACUAUUUAACCUGGUAUUUAAAUGAAUUCUCCCUAACUGAAGUAAGCAUUGUGCUGCAUGAUUAACAGAGACAGCUAUUCUAAAAUCCUUUACCCAUGCAUUUGCAUUUCCUUGUGUUAUCACAGUUUAUAUAUUGUUCCGUGUGCUCUAUACUGCAGUUGACCAGGUUUAAUAUUUUUUACAGUAUGUUACAGAAAGUGUUACUUUUGCAAAGUUUGCUUUUUGGCCUGUGGACUGCAUGCGUACUCUGUGAACUCCCACAGUUCUUAAUUUAUUUUAUUAGGGUUUCUUUUAACUAUUUCAAAAUAUUGAAGGUAUCCUGAUACUGUUUUAAGUGACCAGUCUGUUUUGAGGUAGAAUACAGGACCCAGUAUUUUUAAUAAAAUUUUUUUUUUUUUUUUUAAAGGCCAGGAAAAUGUAUAUCACUAAACAGUAGCCUAUAUAACUGGCGUUCGUAACUGCUCGAUAAUAGUUCUUGACUUUUAGCUGGUAUCACGGUUUGGGAAAUCUGAAUUGUGAUCACUUUAAGUCAGUAACUUUGCUUAAUUCCGAAAAUGUCAUGAUUUUACAACUGGGUCAAACCAUGAUUUCAUCAUUAAUCUUGUGAUGUUGAGCUUGAUUGGCCAAUUAAGAAAAAAUGACACUUUUGGAGUAUUUUCAUUUGCAUCAUAGGCUAAAGGUAACAGAAUUUAAAGGAACACUAUAGUUUCAGGAAUACAAACAUAUAUUCCUGACAUUAUAGUGCAGGAAUCGCUGUUUAAGUCCCUGGCCCCGCUCUUCGUGGAGAUUAAAUCUUUUAAUCUUCUCUUUUUUUCCAUGCUGUGCCAUUCUGGCCUCGACUGUACGUGCCUCUAUGACUGAGAUCAUCAAUCUUGAUUAUCUCAGCCAAUAAAAUGCUUACCUGUUGGAAAGCAUUGGGAGGCUUUUAUGCAUGCGCGGCAAAACACCCAGCUGCUCCAAUCAGCAUUUCUAUAUAGAGAUUCGUUGAAUAUAGAAUCCCUUUAAAUGUGUGUAAUAAUUAACCCAGCAUGUUCCAUACCAUUGCUGUGUUUGUUUCUUUAAUCUGUUCCAACAAAUCUUUCCGGUAUUGUGCACAUGUGCAAUUGUUAUGUUACUACUUUUUAGUUUAGUUACAGGGUAUAUUUAUUCUCUAACUGGUGUUACUGAUUCAGUUGCAUUUGCUAUGUUUUUGGUGGGUUAUUUAAAGUGUUGAUAACAUUUGUGCAAACGGAUCAUGAUCCCCAAAACGUGUUGAACAUAAGUUUUUACCCCUUAAGGACCAAACUUCUGGAAUAAAAGGGAAUCAUGACAUGUCACACAUCUCAUGUGUCCUUAAGGGGUUAAACGUCCCACCAUCACGCACCAAUAAUGGUAAAACUGGUUGGUGUAGAAAAGUUUUCAAAUAUUAGCAUGUUAAUAAAUAUCUGAUAUAUGAAUGGAAUUUCCACUAAAAAGUGGCAGUUAAUAGAAUUUUGUUUAAGUGUUUAUGUUUAACAUUUUUUCUUUCUUUUACACAGAUGAAUGGAAGUUAAUAUUUGGUGACCCAACGAAGUUUGGUUUGGGAGUUUUCUCUAUAAUUUUCGACAUUGUUUUUAUCACACAGCACUACUGUUUAUACAGAAAGCGAGAAGGCUAUGAACAUGUUUACUAACCAUUUAUACACUUUUUUUGUUGUUUUGUUUCUUUAGAAUCACUAAUCUAGUGCUUUUGUAAGGAGUUUAAGGAGUUUUGGACUUUUUAUUUUCUCUCAAUUAUUGUGCCUUAAAAUCUGAUCAUUUUUAAAGAGACUUGAAUUGCUUACCGACUAUAGAUGUUCAGAUCCUAUGCAAUAUCCUAAAGAUAUGUAAUCCUCGACUAUUUGGAAAGAGAAUAUUUAUUUUAUUUAUUUUCUUGCUGUUGGAUCUUCUUUUCUCUGAACACCAGAAGCUCUUUAAACACAAUGGAAUUUCAUAUCGCUUUUCUCACAAACCAACUUUUUUUUUUCCUGGUGCUUCAGUGUCUAAAUCAAAUAUCUUUUGGUAUUGAAAACCAAGAUAUUAUUCAGUAUCAUUACUUAAGGAUACCUCAGUGACUUAUAUUUUUAACCAGAUUGUGCAAUUAUUCUUUAAAGUAGGUUUCUAUGAUAUCCGGAUUUCCAAAGGGUGCGUUUCUUAACAACAAACAUUUACGAUAAAACAAAAACAAAUUUUUGGGGAAAAAAAUGUCCCCUUCUUGAUAGAAAGCAUGCGCCACCAUGAAACGCAUUGGAUCUGAAGAAGUUCGUCUAUUACCGAAAAUGAACCAGCGAGGGUUACUGUGUGAUAGCCCAGCUGCAUACAUGUCAAUAUUGAGGGUACAGUUACAGUGUCACAUGUUUAGUACCAUAAUUUGGGGAUAUAGAUGCUGCCGCUGCAGCCUUGCAAAUUAAAACCGUACUGUUUCUGACAAAGUACUGUGUUUACUUUUCAUUCAAGCAGCCACUAUGAGCUCCAGACUGAAAUAAAUUCAAUUACUGAAACUAUUUGAUGUCUGCAUGCAAAAUAUGUGUGAACUGUGUGCAUCCAGUGCUUUGUUUUAUGAGAAUCAUCUGACAAAAUCAGCAGGAUUAAUGAGGUCACAGAAGUACGUUUUUAAGGGUGUUUUGUGCGAUUUUGUUUGGUUUUAUCUAUUUAUUUAUGGGGACCCAUUAAUCCUACACUUAUCAAAGGAACACAAACAAAAUUCUUUUUUUUUAUUUUCUCAGUGUUUCUUUUGAGAAUACUUGAAAAAAUGGUCACUUGUUACAAAUAUGGUUUGAAUGGAUAUACAGAGAGGUUGACAUUUUGAUGGACAUUUAAACAAUUGUUUUGUGGAACAUAAUUUGGGAGCUUUCCAGAGAACUGUUUAGGAACAUAAAUAUUUUUUUAAAUAUUUUUUAAAAUAAGAGAGUCUAGUUCAGUAGUCGGCUUCUCAUUGAAAAUAUCUACAGUGACAGUAGCUUGGGUCGAAAUAGGUGAAAAGUUUGAGUUACCCUAUAAUAUGUUAAAUAAUCUUACAUAGUGUAUUUUAUGACAUCAGAUUGUAAAUAAUGGUGCGUGCUCUUAGACUAGUUAAUAUGCCUUCCCAUCAGAUGCCUAGGACUUAUAGUUACAUUCUAAAGUGAUUUUGUAGAUUUACGUAUUUAUGCAUUCCUUCACUCCUUUCCAGGACUCCAUUGGUUAAAACGAGAAUUCCUCCUCUAGAACAAAAGGCGACAUUUAAUGACCUCAAGUAAUAUAUUUUGUCUUCACAUUUUCUAUUUGUUUACACAAAAAUUAAUGAUUCAAAUUUUUACCAAAAAUAUUUUUUUUUUUACUGUACAAUAUGUGGGUGUUUUUCUCAAUUUCUCAAUCUGUUUAAAUUUCAUCUGAAUAAAUAUGCAUUGGUCAUAA